AUGUGCAUCUGCCUCUAUCCCCAUGCAGCGGCCAAGGCCAACGGUGACUUCUACAACAAGCGGCGUCUGAUGGUGGAACUGCCAUCCAAAGGCGGCCUCCCCCUCCAACACAUGAACCCCAUGACCAACAACCCUAUUUCCCACAACCCAAUUAAUAACCCCACCAUGACCCACAAUCCAAUGAACAACCCCAUGGCCCACAACAACCCCACGACCCACAACAACCCCAUGGCCCUCAACAACCCUAUGACCCACAACAACCCCAUGUCCCACAAAACCCCUAUGUCUCACAUCAAGCCCAUGACCCACAACAACCCCAUGUCCCACAACAACCCCAUGUCCCAUAACAACCCCAUGUCCCACAACAACCCCAUGGCACACAACAACCCCAUGUCCCACAACAACCCUAUGGCUCACAACAACCCUAUGCCCCACAACAACCCCAUGACCCACAACAACCCCAUGGUCCACAACAACCCCAUGACCCACAACAACCCCAUGGUCCACAACAACCCCAUGGCCCACAAUCCCAUGAGUCCCAUCAGCCCCCUGGGCUCCCUGGGCCCUGAGCCCGUGGCCACCUACAUCACAGAGAUGCCCAGCAGCUUGCCCAUUCUAUCCAGCUUCCACCAGGGCUCCACCAUGCCAACCGCGCCCAAGAUGAACGCACAGAAGCCCCAAAGACUCAGCAGCAGUGGAUGUGGUGGCGACAUAGUCAGUAAUAAAGGUUCAGGAGCCAUGACCAUGUCCAGCAUGACUAGAACAGGGACUUUCCCAGGGCCUCACCGCCACACCGGGACGGUUCCCGGGCCUCACCACCAACAACAACACCACCACCAACAUCAAGAGCAACAACACCACCCACUGGCCUACAGCUCCAAUACCAUCGCAGCCCCCAGGGGGAUGGGGGGAGGGAUGGGUCUGAAGGGUUGGGAUGGGACUGAGACGGUAGGCAGGAGGAAGGGUUACGGUUCCAAGAGGCCCCAGUGUACGGUGGAGCAGAUCAACAAGCUGCACAGUCAGUCCCGCUCCCAGAGCCACAGCCAGCACUUCCUGCCCACUCAGCCUUACUUUGUGACCAACAGUAAGACGGAGGUAACUGUGUGAGAGAGUGGGAGAGGGGGACGAUGGUUGCCCAAAGCAGAGUCAACUAAUAGGCAAAGAGGGAGAGGACAGAGAUGGUGGUGUGUAAGGCCCUGGUUGUUUUGUGUCUUUCUGGGAGCGGGGGCCAGAACAGUGCGCCCUGGUGGUGUGGCAGUGUGCUUGCGUGUGCCGUCCAGUAUGAGUGGAUCACUGCACAUGUGACUGUCAGUCAAUCCUCCACAGGUCGUCAGUCAGAGGGGAGGGGGGCGGGAUUGUAUAACGAUGACAACGUCCAACAGAAGUAUCAAAAUCAUUGUGUGUGUUAUAAUAUCUCCUGUGUAAUGAUAACGUUAUAGAACAAUUACAUUUACAUUUACGUCAUUUAGCAGACGCUCUUAUCCAGAGAACAAUGACAGUGAAAUGUGAAUACAGCAACAGCAAAAGGAAACAUGAGAUUGCCAUGGAUUGCAUUACCAAAUCUGACAAGCAAUAUGAGAUCUAUGGACACCACAAUGGCUGAGGCUAAAACAUUGAGCAGGGAAACAACAAACUGUGGGGAAAGGAAAAUGCAUUCAUUACUGAGACUCUCUCCUACAAAGCCAUUGAAUCAGCCACAGUUUUAGGGCUAUGGGCUAUGGGCUAUGGCUACGAACAUUAUGGGCUUUGUUCUGUGCUUGUAGCCUUGAAAAGUCUCUUGGUCAUCAACACAGAGAAUGGAGGCCAUUGUCCUGUAUAUUACUUGAUCACAGCUGGCCCGAAGGCAAGGAGGCUGAAGCAUCAUCUGGAGGAUAGUACUGUGCUCCUGAAAGACUCAUCAGUCCCAAUGCUGUUCACACAGAGAAUCACAGAGAGUCUGUGAUCCAAUAUUUAAAGAUGUGACUACAGACCAUGGCCAUCUGUAGUGAUACUGGCAACUUUUUAUAUUUCCCGUUUUCUCUCUCUUUUAUUCUCUCUAUCCCGCUGAGAAAAGACAACCUUCAGGUAAAGAAAAUGUGAAGAGAGAUAAAAUGGUUCUGAAUCGUUUCUGUUCUACAGUGUAUGGCGAGGCCCCGAUAA